GGUUUAUAUAGGGUCAAACGGAAGCGAUUGGGCGCCAUUUCAUUGCGGAGUUGUUUAGUAGCCUCUUGGUGGAAGUGCAGCGUCAACAGUGGUGGAAAAAUUGGAUUGUAAUAACACUCCGCCUUCAGUCCGAUGGAAGCGGCCGUCAACCCGCAUCACGACAGCUCUCUGGUCGGGUUGUCCAGUGGCGGGAUGGACCAACACAGUAGUUCGGGCAAACGCAUUCGCAAGCCCUCCUUGUUGUAUGAGGACUUUGAGAGCCCAUCUCUGCCGCACACAAUGCCCCAGGGUCCUCCCGUCCCACCGCAGCCUCCAGUGAAGGAUCCCAGCCGGCCAGGCCGCAUGACCAACCAGCUGCAGUAUCUCCAGAGGACCCUGAUGAAGUCACUGUGGAGGCAUCACUUUGCCUGGCCAUUCCAUGAGCCUGUGGAUGCCUACAGGCUUAACCUACCGGAUUACCAUAAAAUUAUCAAACAACCCAUGGACAUGGGGACCAUCAAAAAGCGUCUGGAGAACAACUUCUACCGCAGUGCAAGUGAGUGCAUUCAGGACUUCAACACAAUGUUCACCAACUGCUACAUCUACAACAAGCCGACAGACGACAUUGUGCUGAUGGCUCAGUCCUUAGAGAAGAUCUUUCUCCAAAAGGUGGCCCAGAUGCCCCAGGACGAAAUUGAGCUGCCUCCUCCAGCUCCUCGAAGCAAGAACAGCAAGGGAAGAGGUCGCACAUCUAACUCGAGGGCUCAGCAGGUGCCAGCGGUGUCCCAGUCAGCCUACUCCCCUUCUUCCUCCGACACUGGGGAUUCCAUGCUGGCCAACUCUCCCCAGGCUGUACUGACCAAAAGCCUGCCCCCGGCCAACAUUAUGGGCCUGCCCCCUACACAGCCCACAACCAAGAAAAAAGGUGUGAAACGUAAGGCAGACACCACCACGCCCUCCACCAUGGGCCUGACUGUGGGCAUGUCGGGAGCAACGCACAUGGUAGGCUUGGGGAAGGGAGGCCACGGGGGCCAGGUCCACGACACCUCCAUGCACACCAUCUCCUCCAUGGGGGGCAUGAGCUUGGAGACCCAACCUGCAAUGGGCCUGGUCAGGAGCCCUGGAGGUCCCGUCCUGCUCCAGCCAAUGAUGGCAGGCAGUGGACGCAGAGUGGGCAGCGGACGCCCCAUUAAACCCCCCAAGAAGGACUUGCCUGAUUCUGUCCAGGCUCAGCCCUUGAGGAAGGGCAAACUAAGCCCUCAGCUGAGGUACUGUAGUGGGCUGCUGAAGGACAUAUUGUCAAAGAAGCAUGCUGCGUACGCCUGGCCUUUUUACACACCUGUGGACGCAGCUGCACUGGGACUUCACGACUAUCAUGACAUCAUUAAGUGUCCCAUGGACCUCAGCACCAUCAAGAGGAAGAUGGACUGUCGUGAAUACAGGGACGCUCAACAGUUUUCUAGCGAUGUCCGACUCAUGUUCUCCAACUGCUACAAGUACAACCCACCUGACCAUGAUGUUGUGGGCAUGGCACGGAAGCUGCAGGAUGUGUUUGAAUUCCGUUUUGCCAAGAUGCCAGACGAACCACAUAUGGAUCGCACAGCCAUGUCAAUGAGUGGCCAUCCGACAUCCUCGUCCUCCUCUUCUUCCUCCUCCUCGUCCUCAUCUUCCUCCACCUCCGAGAGUGAGCCCAGCAGUGAGAGUGAAGAGAGCGAGAGCAGCCCGAACUCGGACAGCGAGGAAGAGCGAGCACAUCGCUUGGCUGAGUUACAGGACCAGGUGUGCACGCAACUCCGAGCCGUGCACGAGCAGCUGGCUGCCCUCUCCCAAGGCCCCAUCGCCAAGCCCAAGAAGAAGGAGAAGAAGGACAAAAAAGAGAAGAAGAAAAAGAAGAAGCUGGAAAAGCGAAGUCGAGUUGUCAGAAGCAGAGCUGGCUCUGAGGAAUGGAAAAUGCCCGGCAAGAUCCUGAAAACCAAGUCUGCCAGAGCAGGCUCCCAGCCCAAGAAGAGCCAGGGGAAGAAGAGUAACAAGAACCGCAAGGCCACAAAGAAGCCGUUCUACCCCCCACCGCCCACUUCCAUGCUGCCACACUACGACUCUGAGGAGGAGGAGGAGAUCGUGCCCAUGUCAUACGAUGAGAAGCGCCAGCUGAGCCUCGACAUCAACAAGCUGCCGGGGGAGAAGCUGGGUCGUGUGGUCCACAUCAUUCAGUCCAGGGAGCCUUCCCUGAGGGACACCAACCCCGAGGAGAUUGAGAUUGACUUUGAAACACUCAAGCCGUCGACACUGAAAGAGCUGGAGCGAUACGUCAUGACCUGUCUGAGGAAGAAGCCCCGUAAGCCUUACGGUGAACAAGUUGCAGCAGGAAAGAAAGGCGGUGUUGCCAAGUCUAAAGAGGAGCUGACUCUGGAGAAGAGGAGGGAGCUGGAGAAGAGGCUGCAAGACGUCAGCGGGCAACUCAAUUCUGUCAAGAAACCUACGAAACCUAAAGUGGAGAAGCCCAGCACUGUGGAGACUCACACCCAGCCCUCACGCCUCAGCGGCAGCAGCUCCAGCUCCGACUCAUCUUCCUCCUCCUCCUCCUCCUCGUCCUCAGACACCAGUGAUUCAGACUCUGGUUGAGAUCCUUAGCACUGGCUGAGAGAGAAAACACUAACAACUCAGGGACUUGGGCUGGCCCAGGACACAACACACCCUGAAACAGUAGUGGGCUGAGAUAUUAGAUACCAUGACGAAAAACACUCCGAGUGGACUCCGAAAAUUUUUUGGAAUGUGGGAUGGAGGGAUGGGAAACGUCUCUGUGGAUAAUCGUAGAGCCCAAACACUAAAUGCCUUGGUUUCCCCCUCCUCUCCCUUUUGUAAAUACUUGUACAAAUGUAUGUUUCUUUUAUAAAGAAGAAUUUUAUGGUGAUCCCCCAAAGAGGGAAGCGGAGUAAUAAAAAUAGGAUGUGGAAAGACGGGCCUUACUCCAAAUGUGCUUUGGCUGGCCUUGCGCUGUGUCCUCUGUGGUGAGGAAAUGGAAAAGUGUUUAUUUAUUUGUUUUUGUUCACCCACAUUUCCUCAGACGUUACUGGAAUUUGAACCAGCAACCAUUUUGGUCACAAGCCUUGCUUUUCUAACAUCUGGCCUUCUGCCACACUUAGAUUUUUAGAUUGUCCCCUAGACUCAGCCUUAACCAUCCAGAUUGUUAAUAACAGAUUAUUUGGAAAAAUACUAUAUUGUUGCAGUUUAAUCUCAGUUUGUCAUUGAGCUUUAUGCUGCAGGUUUAUGCAGCCUGUUUUACAGCAUGUACUGUAGUUCUUGUUUUUUGAAAACAAAGUGGGUUCAAAGUACAGUAUAGAAAUGGCUUAACAUACUGUAAUUACAAAGUUUGUAAUUAAGUAACAUACUCUCUCUGUUUGUAUUGAUUUUGAUGGCUGUACUAUUCUCCUAAAGUCCUCCAGCCAUUUUUAGACUGCCAGUCUUAUAAAUAUGACACUAAUUGAAGUCCUGUCUUCAGUGUUUUUAAAUCAGCGCUUUACUGUUGGACUUCGGAUAUUGUUCUCAACAUUUCUCUUCAUUACAUCAAACUGCAACUGAAGUGUGCAUCUAUUUCAUAAGAGCUGAACACAGGCUGCUGAAUGUUAUCAGAUAUUAGUGCAGGUUUCUGAUUUCCACUUUAUUCUCCUCAACAUGUGAAGUAUUGCAUUACUGUUUUUGAAGACAUCUCUAGCACUUAGAAACUCAGUGACUUGUUUCUAAAAGAAAUCUUUCAGCUGUUCGGCACUUAGUGAAAACAAAUGGUGUUGACUGAAUAACGCCACAAGUUUCCCACAAAGAGACCACAAAGUCCUUGUAGCCCAAUGCAUAGUUGAAGCUGUUGUUGAAUGUUCAGUAAAGAAUAUAUGCUUGUAUAUACUUAAACUGUAUUUGCUGUUGCACAAACUAUUGUAUUUCUGCUGUCCAAGUCUUUAUUUUAUUUUCAGUCAUCUUGUUUCCUUUUUGACAUGCUGUUAAUUUCUCAUUCCAGUUAACUGUCUUAGUUGUUUCCUGAAGAGAGCUCACAUGAACAUGCAGGUCGUUGCCUCUCCGAAGCAUACCUUUCAUUUGACAAGUGUGUUUAUUAAAAUAUUGUCUUCUGUAGAAAA